GAGGCGGGUCUAGGCUCGGUGUAAAUCGGUGCGGAGUUCAGUCGCGGCCUGGCAGGUUCGGGGAGGAAGAGAAAAAGGAAGGCUUUGUCAUGGCUGCUCUGAGAGCCUGUCGGGUUGGGCGAAGCAUUGUUGCUUGUGGCUUGAGAGCACAAUCCAGUCAUGCUACUGCAACAUCACCAAAAAGCAAAUCGGCUGCUGGUUAUAGCUUUGAACUUACUGAUGAACAGAAGGAAUUUCAAGCUACAGCUCGUAAAUUUGCUAGAGAAGAAAUCAUACCUGUUGCUUCUCACUAUGAUGUAACUGGAGAGUAUCCUGUUCCUCUCAUUAAAAGGGCAUGGGAGCUUGGCUUGAUGAAUACACACAUACCAGAAAGUUCUGGUGGUCUUGGCCUUGGCACUUUUGAUGCCUGCCUUAUUACUGAAGAAUUGGCUUAUGGAUGUACAGGAGUUCAAACAGCUAUUGAGGCAAAUUCCCUAGGUCAAAUGCCAGUUAUAAUUGGGGGAAAUGAGCAACAGCAGAAAAAAUAUUUAGGAAGAAUGACUGAAGAGCCCAUAAUGUGUGCAUAUUGUGUAACAGAACCUGGUGCAGGCUCUGAUGUAGCAAGUAUAAAGACAAGAGCUGAAAAGAAAGGAGAUGAAUAUAUUAUUAAUGGACAAAAAAUGUGGAUCACCAAUGGUGGCAAAGCUAAUUGGUAUUUUUUAUUGGCACGUUCCAAUCCUGAUCCAAAAGCUCCAGCAAGUAAAGCUUUUACUGGAUUUAUUGUGGAAGCUGACAGCCCUGGAAUUCAGAUUGGAAGAAAGGAGCUUAACAUGGGCCAGCGCUGUUCAGAUACGAGAGGGAUUGUUUUUGAGGAUGUAAGAGUACCCAAAGAAAACGUACUUAUUGGUGAAGGAGCUGGCUUUAAAAUUGCCAUGGGAGCUUUUGAUAAAACAAGACCUCCGGUAGCAGCUGGUGCUGUUGGAUUAGCACAGAGAGCUUUGGAUGAAGCCACAAAAUAUGCUAUGGAAAGAAAAACAUUUGGGAAGGCCAUUGCAGAGCACCAAGCAGUGUCCUUCAUGUUAGCUGAAAUGGCACUGAAAGUGGAACUGUCUCGCCUGGCCUACCAGAGGGCAGCAUGGGAGGUAGAUGUUGGUCGUAGAAAUACCUAUUAUGCCUCCAUAGCCAAGGCAUAUGCGGGAGACAUUGCAAAUCAAGUAGCUGCUGAUGCUGUCCAAAUUUUUGGAGGAAAUGGAUUCAAUAGUGAAUAUCCAGUAGAAAAACUAAUGAGAGAUGCAAAAAUAUACCAGAUUUAUGAAGGAACAGCUCAAAUUCAGAGAAUAAUUAUAGUUCGUGAACAUAUUGGCAAGUUUAAAGCUUGAGAAUGUCCCUGAUGUACAUUAGCUUGAUUUACAAAUGUUGGGCUUUUUUUCUCUGGUGCUUUACUUUUAAUAUUGGACAAAAAUGGCAUCAACAAUGGUAUUGUCAAAACCUAAUACAUGAAAAAGCUAGUCACUUAAUUUCUAGAACUAUCCAAGAGUUUUCACAUUUUUGUUCAGCUUUAUCAUGACAUGGUUAUCUCUGUUCUUUGAAAUCUCUAUAGUGUAUUUAAAGUGCCUUGGAUUUUUGUAAUUGAACAGGUCACUGACAUAAAUUAGAUGAAGAAUUUCAUACCAAAUUGAAGUCUGGAAGCCAUGUGUAAAUUAGAUGUUGUUAGAUCUGCAUUGCAGCAUUACUACGUAUUACAUAUUGACUAGAUUAAAAUAUUUUUCUAGAUAAAUUAGUUUUAUUGCCUGCAGUUGGAUUCAUAAAGGCUAUAGAAGUUAUUUUUGUUUUACAGAGCAGAAUGAAAUUUAAUGAAAGUUCCUUGCUGAAAGAUGCAAAAAAAAAUCUGUCCCAAUUUCCUUUCCCAUGCCUUAACUCCACUGUUUGGAGUCUACUUCAAUUCCCUGGGAUAAAUUUUUGAGGAUGUUGUAAAAGAAGAAGACAGAUAAUGGUGCCUUAAAUGUUAUGGUAUUCCUUGACAGAUAUUCCUUGAUCUAUGACCAUUCAAUCAACAAUUCCAAGUUACAGUGCCAGGUAACGAAUGGUGGUUACAACUAGUUCUUGGAGUUUUGGUCAUCCUAGCACCCUGCUAGUCACGUGAUUACAAUCUGGGUGCUUGACAAGCAAUUCACACUUACAGCCAGUUGACAUGCAACCCACAAUCAUGAUUGCCACUUGCAAUCUUUCUUGCUGGCUUCCCCAGGCCAAUGGGGAAGCUAGAAGGAAAGAUUGCAAGUUGCUGAGCUAAGUGUUUCUUAUCACACAGUCUUCCAGCCUCUCUGCACUCACUUCGCAUUAUCCACUCACCCUCUGAUUCAUACCCCUGUGAACACCCCCUGACCUGCAUGACACUUUGUGCACUCUCACCAACCCUCAUGGUACCUCUCACAUACUGUUCCUGACCCAUGCAACAUCCUAACCCCCUCACAUCAAAUCAUUUGAGAACACAAACUCCUGUCACAAUUGCUGUUGCAAGGACUAUCUAUACCAGGGAUGUCAAACAGGCUGCAGGCCAGAUGCAUUAUGCGCUGGCCACGCCCACCCCAUUUUAUCCAAAGGGGGCGGGAAGUUGCGAUAUGUCACGUGACAACGUGAGUUUGACAUCCCUGAUCUAUACUCAAAUAUGAUAAAAGAUAGUCAUGCAAUGCAAUUUUCCCCUAAUAAUUUUAUUACAUUUUUUUUUUUAAUUUGAUUUAUAUGCCGCCCUUCUCCGGAGACUCAGAGCGACUUACAAUGCGUUAAGCAAUAGCCUUUGCAGUAUUCAAUAUUUGCAGUAUUCUUAUGAGCUGUAGUUUCAAAUUACUAGUAAGCCAAAAUUCUAUAUGCCUAAAUAUGACCUUUUUUAUUAUAAUGGGUGUAUAUAGUUAUUUUGGUAUUGAAACUGAGACAUCGGAUUCACGUUAAGCCUUAUGUGUCCUAAAGUAUGUUAACCUGUCUUCCCACAAAGAGAUGAAAGUUUAUUUAAAUAGCAAAACCAAAUGAACAAGUUUAAAAAAAACAUCUUUGGGCUGUGAGCUUCAUUUUAUUUCUCCAAUAUAACAUUAUGUGCUAAUGUUCAUUUUUUCCUCUCUCUUCUCCCACCCUUCACAACCCCUAGAUCUACUUUAAGGGUCCUCAUUUAUUUUUGAGAGAAGUGAAAGAAACCUCAUCAUACCAGUGUUAAUCUGUAAAAUAACAUUAAAUUUAUAACAGGAACACUAAUAUUAUAUGCAUAAGUUAUGUUUGCAGAGCUAUACAAGCACUGAAAGUAUUUUCUUAUAUAGCCUCUUUGCCUCUAGUCUGGAACAGCCUGCUUCCUGUUCAUUGCGGACAUUAGCACAACAAUCUAUGCUGAAUUAAGACUAUUUGGAAGAAGAUUGCCAUUGUUUUAUUUUGGAAAAUGCCAUAAAAUCUCCUGAUUGAACUUUUUUUUGUACAGUAUUACCUCCCAUCUAUUGCAUUUGGCCAUGGGGGGAAGGAAAAAGUAACUUGCUGCUGAAGACAGCAAGUUUUGUAUAGCUUUUCCUCCCCUUGGUAGCAGGGGUGAAAUCUACUUACCUUUCUUACGGUUUUGGAAGUGCAUGCGCCACGCGUCACAUGUGCAUCACUGCACACAUCACGUGCGCGUGCAGACCCUCUUCACAUGUGCAAAACCUCCUGCGUAUGCACAGAGAGUAAAAAACACAUUACUUCCUGGUUAAAACUAGGAAGUAAUGACACCCAGGUGGGUGGGCGGAGCCUCGUGCCGCCAUCGCUACCGGUUCUCUGGACUACCUGCCACAAUCGCUACCGGAUCACCCAAUCGGGUCCGAAUCAGGAGCAUUUCACCCCUGCUUGGUAGGGGUUCAAUCUGGGGAAUAUGAACCUUGUGGAAUAUCUCAUUUUUUUGAUCAGAUAGCAGUACACAAUAUUUAUUGUCACCCAGAUCUGAAAAGUGCCCAGGCUAAGUGCAGAUUGUUCACUUUGCCUCUUUCUAUUGGCUGUUUGUCUGCCCUACCAACGAAGCCAUCAUUGGUAUUCCAAUAGCUGCAAUAACUACUAUUGUUGUGAGGGCAGCAACACUGCAGAAUUUGAUGUGGAGCCAAAGUAGAAAACACAAUGGAGACACCGAUUUUCAGAAGACAUAUUUUCCCCCCUUUCCAGAAUAGGAUGGAGAGGGUAACAGUGGUUUUGAAUAUCCUCCCCAGUGGUGGUAUUCAGCCGGUUCUAUCCAGUUCAGGCAAACCGGUAAUGGUGGCUGCAGGAGGCCCUGCCCACCCGCCCGAACAUCAUCACGUCCCAUUUUUGACACCCCACGCGCUCACAUUUGUGAACCGGUAGCGAAGGUAAGUGAAUACCACCCCUGGUCCUCCCUGUGUACUCAGUUUGCCUAAUAGUGGAGUGGUAGAGUCCAAAUUCUUCAAAAAUAGUUUUGUCACCUUUUCCAGGCUGAGUGUCAGCAGCUGGUUUUCAGAGAUCCUCAGAACUCGUUCUUCCAGCUGUGACACAAUUCUGUAUACCUGUGUUGUGAAGAUCUCACUUUUGAUAGUGAAGAACCUGAAUCUUCUCUUGAACUAAGGCCAGGACCUCCCACACUCACACCUGAUUAUCAUCCCAUUAAUUGAAAAACCUGCUAAUUUCACCAUCAAAUGAGGGUGAGGUUUAAAUACUUUUGCCACACAGAAAUAUGUACCUUUGGAUCAUUUUCUUCAAUAAAUGAACAAGUCUGCUUUUGA